AUGUCAAAAUAUAUUCCAACAGUUAUCAUUACUGGUGCAACAAGAGGUUUAGGGAACUCUAUUUUUAAUAAAUUUAUUAGCCACGGCAUCUCGUGUAUUGGAGUUGGAAGCUCUACUAACUCCACAACAACAUUAAUUGACCAACUUCAAAAGUUAAAAAACAACAAUUUUGAUCAAUUAAAAUAUGACGCUAUAAAGUUUAGUAAAUUAAAUCAAAAGAUUGCUGUAUGUGCCAUUGAUCUUUCCAACUGGCCUAAUUGGGUAGAGUCUAAAAUAUACCCAACUUAUAUUUUUAGCAAAGAUGAGCUAGGGAAUAGUAAGACUACAAACUAUUACAAUAAUAAACCAAUAUAUACAUACUAUCCAUUAUUUCCUCCCCCUUUUAAUUCAGAUAUACAUGGAAGUUCGACCAAAAAUCAUUAUUAUAUAGCCGGCGUUAUUAAUUGUGCAGGAAUAACCCAAUCCUCUUUAUCAAUCUCAACAAGUAAUUUACAAAUUAAAAAUUUAAUAAACAUUAAUUUGAACUCCCCUAUUUCUUUAAUUAAUUCAUAUUUAAAAUAUUUUAUUAAAAAUAAAAGAAAGAUCGGAUUAAAUUCAAACAUGAUUAAACCUUUUAUUAUAAACGUUUCGUCAUGUUUGGCACAAUCAAACUCCAAUAAUAAGGACAAAAAUUUCAAUAUCAGUGGCACCUCAAUUUAUUCUGCUACAAAGUCAGGAUUAUCUAGGUAUUCAGAAAUAUUAGAUUUAGAGGUUAACGACAAAUUAGGGAUCUCUGUCCAUUGUAUAGAACCUUUAUUGAUUGAAGAUACAGAUAUGACGAAGGGCUUAAGUAUUCAUGAAAAUCCAAUUAUCUUAAAUGAUGCAGAAAAGAACAUUACUACAAAAAACUCUGUUACUAAUCAAGUAUGGGACAUGUUUAUUGGCCAAUUAAAAUGUUAA